AUGAAUUCGGCCUUUAGGUGUGCCAGCAUAGCCUGCUUACUGUUAUUUAUCUCUAGAGCACAAUUUGUGGAAGCUGAUUUGACAGCUCUGGUAUUUAAUGAGAAAGCUUCCUUGUCGCGUGUAAAAAGGAGUUGCUGUUCAUCCGCUUUGAUGUCAUGCUGUCCACCGACAGCAGUUUCUUGUUUUGAAGCUUGUAACGUACGGUGUGUUCCAGCGUGUAGAACAUCGUCAUGCAUUAUAGGAUGCACUAAUAGCUGCUGUCAAACGUGUUCCAUUCCAGUUGUUGUAGUCCCUAUGGCAGGCACUCAACCUACGAUAUCUCCUUCACAACCACCUCUACCAACAACCCUCCCACCUCCUCCACCACCCCCACCAACCACUCUUCCACCACCACCACCACCUCCACCAACCACUAUUCCACCUCCUCCUCCUCCUCCACCAACCACUCUUCCACCACCACCUCCUCCACCAGCCACUUUUCCACCAUCACUGCCUGCACCAUCAGUCACAACACCCGCAGCAGCCUCAUGCCAACCUGUCUGCCAACAGGCUUGUAUGACAUGCCCGACACAGAUCUGUAUCAGCCUCUGCAUGCCAAAGUGUGUAUCUGUGUGUUCAACUGGUGGGUCACCAGCUACUACUGGUGCUCCACUACCACCGCCGCCUCCUCCAACUACUCUUCCGCCACCACCACCUCCUCCACCAGCUACUCUUCCACCACCACCUCCUCCACCAGCUACUCUUCCACCACCACCUCCUCCACCAGCUACUCUUCCACCACCACCUCCUCCACCAGCUACUCUUCCACCACCACCUCCUCCACCAGCUACUCUUCCACCACCACCUCCUCCACCAGCUACUCUUCCUCCUCCUCCACCUCCUCCUCCGCCAGUCACUACUGCUCCACCUGCGACUUCAUGUCAAGUCUGCUUGGUACCCUGCCAGCUACAAUGCCAGGUUGUGCGCCCCAUUAGUGUUUGUAUGCCAAUGUGCCAGCAAAUGUGCUGUAUGUAA